CAGUCCAGUUGUUGUCGUCCCUUCAAGAAGAGCAGACCGUCUUCCAUCAGACUUUCGCACUGCAUCAUAUAACUGGUUUCUGGUCCAUCCAUAUCGAUAUUGGAUAUGUUGCUCGUGCCGCUUGCCCUGAUCGCACUGUUCGGCCUGGCCCACACGCUGCCCCUCGAUGACGUGGAGUCAUCGUCACUGGCCACAAUUGAGCAGCCGGAUGGCAGCGGGCGCGUGGUCUUUGAUCAGCGGCAGACGGGCCAGUACAACAUUCACGUGAGCAUCAAGGAUGUCGCCAUCAUCGAGGUGGGUCAGAACGAUCUGACAGAUGGUGCGUACAACGAUGCUGAGGAUUACUACUACGAUGACAGUGCGUUGACCAUCAAACCCAUCAAGUUCUCGACUGAGGCCAUUGGCAGCAGCAGCACAGCAGCAGCGCCAGCAUCACCAGCAGCAGCAGCUGCGACGACAUCCACGACAGCGUUGAGCAGCCCCACAGAGACGCCAACCACUACCUUAAAGGAAUCCCCGGAGACAUCUGAAGCACCAUUGAGCAGUCUGAAUAGCAGCUCCACCUACAGCUCGGAUCUCUUGGCGGAUAUCGCCGCAAGCAGGAUCAGACCCAAGUCUAGGCUCAACAAUCUAAUGAUAAUGGAGACGCCAAUUGGCGGAGCACCGACGGCCGCACCACACCUGCCACGUCUGCCACAGGUGCCGCAUCCCAGAUCGAAAGAUAUUCCCAUUAUGCCUGCCGCUGCAGCAGUCACCCGGCCCCCGCUGCCGCAAGGCAUUGAGUACACCCCCCCGCAAGGUCACAACUCGCCCAUCUUCAAAGUGAAAGUUCAACGAUCCGCAAUGCCGGCAACCAAGAAGCCCGCCCGCUGUCGCUCACAUCAGUCACGGAAUGCCCAGGGCAAAUGUGCCGACUCGAUCUACCGUAGACUCUACAGCAUGCUGAUGGGCCUGAACAUCCCGGGUCUAGUGGGGACACCACCCCACGCUGCCGAGGCCUCAUAAUGCGUCCGGCCGGAAUCGGUUUUCACAUCACCAUAUCAAUGUAGUUUAGAGUGUCAUACAUAGACUCUAAGUGCCUCUAAUAUGUAUCUGCUUGAGCUCAUGCUUGAAGUAAAAGGACUGAAACGUA